GACUGACUUGUGUAUACAUCAACACUUUUUUGUAAUUCCUAGAUGCUUGAAAUUAACUGAAAAUGAAUUUCGGCCAAAAUGCUUCUCAAGAAGUUACGAUUGAUGAUCUGCCAAAUGAGCACAUUUUCAGCUUCCUCGACCAUGACGACUGCUUGGAGGCGUCGCUGUUUUGUCACCGCUGGUACUGCAACGCAUUUCAGAUCAGGCCAGUUGCGCUCGACAUCCGGCUUGAUUCACCCAGCUUUCAAAGUACUGUUUCAAAGUACUGCUUCAACGGAAAGACGUACUGCACGACAACCGGAUUCGAAGCGGCUCGGAAGCUACUGCCAGCCUGUCAGUUUGAAGUUAAAUUACUUCACGCUGCUGAUUGCAGACGCCCUUGUUUCAAUUACACUAGCUCACGGUGUAUUUUUGAGAGCAUAAAGAUAAAAAAUUCGGUAUGUCUGAUAUUUGGCACCAUGAAAGACAUUUUGCGGGGUAAACCGAAAUAGUGAACCGUAAAAGGUGCACCUGUAUGCACUACAACCCUCAACUCAACCUUUUUAGUAGUUGCUGACAAACUUGACAGUUGACAGAUGUUAAACGAAAAUUUAUUUCCUAGCAAUACUUACCAUUUUUUAUCACCACUUGAAAUGCAUUUUUCUCCUCGAAAUA